AACAAAAACAAGCAUUCAUGUUGGUGACUUUGGUUUCAAGAUCCAUUUGAAUUAACAUGCAAAAAAAAUCCAUUGGCUAAUUCAUACAGAGAUGAAGAAACACUACCUUCAUAUAUGCAUGGCUGCAUCAUCAUUCAUGAUCUUCUAUCACCAAUUAACUUUUGGAGAUGGACUAAGGAAGCGAGAGAAGAAACGAAGGUGAUGAUGGAGCGUUUAAUUGAGUUAGAAGAAGAAGAACUCACCGGAGCUUUUUUAUGUUCGCUUCGUUUUCUAGAGACUAGCCCAGUUUCUUCCAAUGGCAGUCUCGUUUCUACGAAUUCCAAUUCCUUCACGGGUCUUCUGGUAUCCGACCCGACUUAUUCGGGUCACACCAGCGUUAGUACGAUUCUCUUCCUCCACCGCAUUUCAGCCGUCGUCUACUUCACUCUCACCGUCCUUCUUCCGACAACUUUCUCGCUGAUAAAUGGGAAUCAUAUCGGAAGAAGAAGGUCGUCAUUCGAAUUGGAUACGUGGGGUACUGAUUACAGAGGUUUGCAGAUUCAAAGAGACGACCCUUCUCUCAAAACUAUUGAGGGUGAAUUGGAAGUUGCUAUAUACAAGGCAGGUGGGAUUAGAGAUAGUAACUAUGGUGAUCUUCAUAAGAUUGGUUGGGCUAGAAGUAGUCGAACUGAUAAAGGAGUUCAUUCUUUGGCAACGUCAAUAUCGUUGAAAAUGGAGAUCCCUGAGACGGCGUGGAAGGAUGAUCCUCAGGGCACUGUUCUUGCUAAAUGCAUUAGCAAACACCUUCCUGAAAAUAUCAGAGUUUUCAGUGUUUUACCAUCAAAUAGGAGAUUUGAUCCCCGAAGGGAGUCUUUACUUCAGAUGAGAUUGGACUAUCACAUUACGGACUUCAACGAAAUUUUAAAAGAAUUUGAGGGUGAAUAUCCUUUCCAUAACUAUACACAGCGGUCACGGUACAGAAGGAAAUCGGAACAAAAAAUAAAACAAAGAAACGGACGCCCUCCAAGAAUACCAAAAUCAAUUAAAGCAUCAGAAUCAGAGUUUACAGAGGAGAACCACAGAGAAAUUGAAGAAGAAGAAGAAGAAGAAGAAGAAGAAGAAGAAAAAGAAGUGGAUGGUGAAUCUGAUGAACAUAUUCCUCUCAAUUCUGAUAAUUCUCAGAAAAGUGUUCGAUGUCGUAGUGGAAAGCUAGAGAAUUCACUUGGAUUCGGCUUUGUCGAGAUCUCCAUAUGGGGAGAAUCAUUCAUGUUGCAUCAGAUACGGAAGAUGAUUGGAACGGCCGUGGCAGUGAAGAGAGAGCUGCUUCCUAGAGACAUCAUAAGACUAUCUCUAAACAAGUUCACAAGAAUCGUGCUACCUCUUGCUCCAUCUGAAAGUGAAUCAGAAGAAGUGGAGAAGGAAAUAGAGGAGUUUUUACAGAGCGGUGAUGGUUCCACAGGUGAGUAGAUUCUUGGAUUCUGAGAAAUCUCCAUGGAAAGAGUGGGUGGAGCAUUUAGAUAGGAAUGAUGGUUUGAUAGACGAGGAGUUGAAGAUGUAAGGAAAGGUUGGGAGGAGUGGAAAGCCGCGAAACCAUGGAUGAAUUUGAAGAAGACUGAAGAUGAUGAAGUAGUGAGUUCUGUUUCAGUACCUAUCAUCAAGCUCUAUGAGAGAGUCUUAACAUUAGUCACAUCUAUUUUUUUGUGCACCUUUGAUUAAAUGUUUGAUGAUUUA